AAUCUGUUUCAUAAUAUCAUUUAACAGCAUAAGUAAGGGACUAGCAGAUAUAGCCCUGGUAAGAACAGGAAGCUCCUUUGGAAUCUACUAAACGUUUCUAAGGAAAAUGCAGCUGCUCCUCUACCUGCUCCUGCUGGUGGCCUGGAUUCCAAAAGCUAUUUUCUGCCAAUCUGACACUAAAGAGCAGAGUCCUCAGGCCAACCCUGGACUGGCCUAUCACAAAAUAAGGCCUGCAAAUUCAGAAUUCACUGGAAGAUUGUUAAAGCUGUUGGUUUCUGAAAAUCCUCACAAGAAUAUCUUCUUCUCUCCUGUGAGCAUUGCCACUGCCUUUGCUAUGCUCUCUCUGGGGGCCAAAUCGGCCACCCUAACUAACCUUUUGGAGGGGCUGGGUUUUAAUCUCACAGAGCUUCAGGAAAGGGAGAUCCACAAAGGUUUCCAAGAUCUUGUCCAUCUACUGAACAACACAGAAGGCAAAGUUCAGCUGGAAAGUGGCAAUGGCCUCUUUAUUAAUGAUCAGCUGGAACCACUCCAAAAGUUCUUAGAUGAUGUCAAGAACUUAUAUGGAGCCGAAGUGUUUGCUGCAAACUUCAAAGAUUCUGAAGGUGCUAAGAAGCAGAUUAAUGAUUAUGUAAAUGAGAAAACACAUGGAAAAAUUCCAGAAUUAAUCACGCAUCUAGACCCUGCCACGUUAAUGGUUCUCAUAAACCACAUUUUUUUUAAGGGAAAUUGGGAGACCUCUUUUAAUUCCACCCUUACUGAGCUGCAAGACUUUCAUGUAGAUAAGAACACAACAGUACAAGUGCCAAUGAUGAUGAAAAGGGAAAAACUGUACUAUCACCGUGAUGAUGAGCUGUUCUCUUCAAUGGUCAUCCUGCCCUAUGAGGGGAAUGCCUGCUUAAUUUUAGUUCUACCAGAUGAAGGCAAAUUGGAGCAGGCACUGGAUGCUAUAAUCUCUGGAAAAGGAAUAUCACGUUCUAGGUUUUUGGAAAAAAGGAAGGUGGAUAUUUAUCUGCCCCGGAUCUCAAUCUCCACAAGUUAUGAUCUUGAACACCUGCUUCCAAAAAUCGGCAUAAGAGACAUAUUCACUGACAACGCAGACCUCACAGGCAUCUCCACAGAAUUCAAACUACAAGUUUCCAAGGUGUUACACAAGGCAGCGCUUGAGGUGAACGAAAAUGGCACCGUGGCAGCUGCUGUCACAGACAUUGAAAUCCAGCGCAAUAUAGCGGCUCCCCCUGUCAUCGUAAAUUUCAACAGGCCCUUCUUUAUGUCCCUUAUGGAUACAAACAUUCACCAGCACUUAUUUGUGGGGAAAAUUGUCAACCCCACAGCUGAUGAACUACGACCCUUGGAUAUGGAGUCUACUUACAUGUGGAUGCUGGUGGCUGGGAUUCUAGUUGUUGGCCACUGUCAGCCUCUUCCUGACUGUAAGGGAAAUAAUAAGACAGAGAUCUACUUACAGGAUGAAACUCACUCAGAAACAUCCCUACCAUGCCAUAAAAUCUCCACUGGCAAUACCAAUUUUGCCCUACACUUAUACAAAGAACUAACUUCGGCAGCCCCCAGUGACAACAUUUUCUUCUCCCCCGUGAGCAUCUCCAUGGCUCUGGCCAUGUUGUCCCUUGGGACCCAACCUACAAUUCGAACUCAGAUACUAGAGGGGUUGGGCUUCAACCUCACAGAGACACCUGAGUCUGAGAUCUACAAGAGUUUCCAGCAUCUCAUCCAUAAGCUAAACCUGAGCAGCAAAAAACAUGAACUGAAAAUAGGAAGUUUCAUGAUCCUGGACAAGCAGUUAAAACCACUUCAGGAAUGGCAUAGCAUCAAGGAGUUGUAUGAAGCCACAACACUUUCCAUCAACUUCACUAAUUUUUUCUCGACUAGGAGACAGAUUAGCAAAUACAUAGAGAACCAAACCUAUGGGAAAAUUAGAGAAUUUCUUCAAGAUUUCAAUCAAGACACUGUGAUGGUACUUGUGAAUUCCAUAUUUUUUAAAGCCAAAUGGAUGCACCCUUUCAAACACUAUUGGAUUAAGAAGCAUCAGAGUUCUUCUGUCGAUGAGAAGAUCAUUAGGCCCUCUAUGAUGCACCAAAAGGCACAACAUCGGUUUUUGUAUGAUAAGGAGCUGGCCUGCAUUGUACUCCAAAUGGAAUACACUGAGGACGUCCUCAUCCUUCUCGUUCUGCCAGAUGAAGGGAAAAUGAGGCAAGUAGAAGAUUCUCUGAAGCCAGAGACCCUGAAGAAAUGGAACAAAUUACUAUUGCCCAGUCUACUAAAUUUACAUUUGCCAAAGUUUUCAAUUUCUGGGGCAUACAGCCUGGAAAAAAUACUUUCCAAAAUGGGUUUUUCCAGUAUAUUCACUCCAGAAGUCAAUCUAUCCAACAUCACUGAACAACCACACCUGGCAGUCUCAAAGUUGCUACAUCAAGUUACAGUGGACAUGAAUGAGAAAGGCACCAAGGCUGCAGCCACCUCCAUCCUCCUAUCCCAGCCUGAGACCCCGAGCCAAGCAUCUCCACUGACUGUUCAUUUUGACAGGCCCUUCCUACUACUGAUUUGGGAAGUGUCUGCCCAGAGUUUGCUUUUCCUUGGAAAAAUUAUAACCCCAACUGCAAGUUAACUUUGGUAAGAGAAUGGGAGCCAUUUUCAGAAAAGUUGCUGGGUUGGGUGUUUUUGUUUGUUUGUUUGUUUUUCAUCUCUGGUUUUCUUGCAUGAAGUAGGCAGCGGUAAAAUAUUUCAAUAGUGAAUGGCAUCAACAACAGUAAUAAUAAAAAUUUUUUGGACAUAAUAUUUUAUGAACAUAAAGUAUAUCUUCUUGUGGUCUGAUGGCCCUGGA